GUCAAUCAAACUGAGAUACAUAUUUGUGUGUUUGUCCUUCUUAUCGCUUUGUUGAUACGGUUAAAAUUGAAUAUUCUUAGUUUUUAAUGGCUCCUAUUCAACUACCAGAUUCGGAUUCAGAAGACGAACUACCUCCCGCUUGGGAAGAACGAGCGACAAGCAACGGUUACGUUUACUAUGUCAAUCAUCAAAACAAAACCACCCAAUGGACCCAUCCACGCACCGGAAAGUCCAAAAAAGUAGCCGGUGACUUACCAUUCGGCUGGGAACGAGAAACGGAGCCCGGUGGUCGCACAGUAUUCAUCGAUACGAAAAACAUUCAAAGAACGUAUACCGAUCCGAGACUCGCCUUCGCCGUGGAAGAGAUACCAAGAAAUAUUAGCGAAGUUCGACAACGGUUCGAUGCGGGCAGUACGGCUUUACAGGUCUUACACGGAAAAGACCUAUCCGGCAAAACCGCACUGAUAACUGGCUGCAACGUUGGUAUAGGAUUUGAAACAGCCAGAUCGCUGGCACUUCAUGGUUGUACGGUUAUAAUGGCUUGUCGCAAUCAAAAGGCCACCGAAGAAGCGAUAAAGAAAAUUGCAACCGAAAAACCGGCUGCUGGGAAGAAAUGUCGAUUUAUGAAAUUGGACCUGGGCUCACUUCGGUCGGUACAACAUUUUGUUGACGAUAUUCAGAAGGAUGUCAGUCACAUCGACAUGCUCAUUCUAAAUGCGGCUGUUUUUGCACUGCCGUACUCCCUAAGUGAAGACAAUAUUGAAACAACAUUCCAGGUGUGUCAUUUGUCCCAUUUCCAUUUGGUAACUUCGCUGGAAAAUCUUCUGGAUCACACUUCACGGGUGGUCGUCGUGUCGUCAGAAUCGCAUAGAUUUUCCAAUCUACCUGCAACACAGCUGAGCGAACAGCUGUUGAUGCCGUCGCCACAAAAGUAUUGGAGUAUGAUGGCCUACAAUAACGCGAAACUUUGCAAUGUUCUCUUUGCCAGGGAAUUGGGAAGGCGUUGGCAAAACAAAGGGAUUUGUGUGUACUCUUUGCAUCCCGGUAACAUGGUUUCGUCGUCACUGUCACGGAAUUGGUGGUUCUAUCGAUUGAUCUUUGCUAUUGUACGACCAUUCACCAAGUCAUUGCAACAAGCUGCAAGCACAACCGUUUAUUGUGCGACUGCCACGGAAUUGACUGGCAUCAGUGGACAGUACUACAACAAUUGCUAUUUCUGUACUCCGAGUGUGGCGUCACAGAAUGAAGAAAUGGCCAGCUCGCUGUUUGACAUCAGUGAGAAAUUGAUUAAACAAAUUUUAAAUUGAAAGAAA